AUACUGCUAUUAUUAAUAUGUAUCUUAUUACUAGAAUUUCAGGAUCUACACAAGGGCAUAAACAAUUUUAUAAUGAAGUUGUUUGGGAUCUUAUUGACUUUGUGAAUGAUAAUAGCAAAGUUCAAUUUAGAGAUCAUCCAGAGGAAAAAAAAACUAUCAAAAGUCACAAAGAACUUUAA